AUGACAGCUCUAUCCAAGGCCGCCACCAAGGCGUCGACUCGCCUUUUCCUCCUCGUCUUCACAUUAAUACUUGCCCUCUCUACACAUACCCACCAUUAUACCUUUGCUCAGACGGCACCUCCAUUUACCCCUGUUCCAGUUUGGGCCCCAGCAUCUGUCAAGACGGCAACUCGCCUCUUCAUUCUUAGUGGCUACAGUACACUUACCCCAGCAGCCGACACCAACAUCGCAGCCCCCACUGCAGACCAAUUCUUCUUUCUCGAUCUUGCAAAAUCAUGGACGAGCUCGGCUCCCGCAUGGACUUUGGUCACCCCAGCGAGUACUGGUUUGGCCAAUCCCCAACAAGUCAACUUUCCGGGGACAUCCUCAUCCGACCAAAAAAAGCUUUACUUCUUUGGCAUCCCCGGCCCUAACUCCGUCUACCAGUUUAAUCUCGACACUGCACAAUGGUCUCCUGCGAAAGCCUCUUUCCUGGAACCCACUCGAAAAGGAUCUGGGACUGUGACAGACCCUAGCACAAACCUGGUUUAUAUGGCAGGAGGAUAUUCAGGUACCAAUUUGAUGAACAUUUGGAAUCCUUCAACGGGUCAAAUCUCCAAUAUGAGUUUGCCGAAUCCUCCUGCCUUUCCGUAUAGAACAUACUACACCAAUGUAUAUUGUCAGGCGAGACAGAGCAUUUUGUAUUUCGGUGGUGUUGGUUCAACGAUUGUCAUGGCCUAUGUGACAGAGUUCCGACCAAAGCAGGGGACGUUCACUACGCUGACUACUCCAGGAACUGCUCCCUCGGCAAGAGCAGACCACUGCAUGGCAAUAAACGAUGACAGCACAAAGCUAAUCGUAUUCGGAGGACAUGGGCUGCCACAGAACAGUCCGACGAGCAAUGAGAUAUUCAUCCUCGACAUCCCCACUCUGACUUGGAGUUCUGGUAGUCCUAGUCCUCAGCCCCAGGUGUAUGCUGCCUGCGCUAUUGCCGGAGACCAGUUCAUUGUCUGGGGUGGGCUCUAUUCUGACACCCAGAUAGCCUCUACAGAUGUGCACAUCUACAACAUAACAUCCAAUACCUGGAUCAAUCAAUACACAGCACCAGCAGCCUACCAAAGUCUGAACGUACCACCAAUACCCAAUGUCAAAUCAACGACCAUAUCAUCAGGACCUUCCGGGACAGGAUCAGCAAAUCCUUCCCUAGUAUCUGAAACGGGAACAGGUCAAUCCUCGGACGUUGGUGGCAUUGUUGGUGGAGUCGUCGGAGGUUUGGCUGUGAUUGCAGCUAUUGCAGGAUUUCUAUUCUACCGACGACGACGGAUUCACCGAGUACCCUCUCCUUCGGAUCCGGUUAGGAUCGUCGAUAAGGAAGUGAUCGAGACUAGAGAUUCCAGUCCCAAGCCAGGAAACAGUAGCGGACUACGGGAGAUUAAAAAGCACAGUCCUCAGGCCAUUACGAUCGAAGGAGCACGUAUACCAGACCGGUACCAAGGCCCACAGGCUCUCGCUAGCGAAUCAAACAAUUCGAGCCACUCGCUCGAUAUGAGAUUGAAAGGGAUCGACAAUCAGCUUCAACAUUUGGAACUCCAACGACUACACCUGAUCCUGGAAGAGCAAAAGGCUCAACUUCGAAUGGAAAACUCGAGACAAAACCCUCAAACCUUCUCAUAG